AUAUAACCCCGCUCCAUAUUAAACACUCAACUAAAAUAACCAAUAACUGCAAGCCUCCUGUUUGGAAUAUAAUUAGUUUUGAGCGCACAUUUUCAGGCUCAAUGGCUCGGUCAGAAACUCCAAGGAGUAUUGCAGCAAAAAGAGGGAUGCUAGCCCGCCUUUUCUCAUCCUCAACAACACUCUCCUUCUCCUCUUCACUUUCAACCCCUUCUACUCCUUCCACUCCUUCCUCCUCUACCCCCAACAUGUUCUCCGAAUCCGUGAUGGAGGAAACUAUAAAAAAUGUUGAAUCAAUCAUCACCAAAUGGGAUCCAAACUCUUCAUCAAUUACCAGAGUCACCUCUCUCUUCCAUAGUAACAGAGAAGAAGCAGAAGAUUUUCUCGAAAGUGUCAAAGACUUGCGUCGAGCAAUGCAUGCAUUGGUCUCUGAACAUUCGACCUCUGAUAAGCUUUUGCUUGCCCAGAACCUCAUGCAAAUCGCCAUGGCAAGACUUGAGAAGGAAUUCUAUCAGAUACUGUCUGCAGCACGUGAUCAUCAAAUAGACCCAGAGUCUAUUUCAGCUCGAUCCUCGGAGGGGUCGAGUAAUCUCGAAGAUGAGAAUGAGCUUGGAUCUGAAGAAGAGUUCAAAACAGCAGGUGAGUCAAACACUAACGUGGAGAGAGUCACAGCACUAGCCAUGUCAUCAGACCUCAAAACUAUAGCUGACUGUAUGAUAAGUUCUGGCUACAGCAUUGAGUGUAUCAAAAUAUACAAACUUAUCAGAAAAUCAAUCGUGGAUGAAGGAUUGUAUCUGCUCGGAAUCGAAGAAUUCAGGCCUUCUCAAAUUCUCAAAAUGAAUUGGGAAGCUCUCGAGCAUCAGAUCAAGAACUGGCUGAAUGCAGUAAAGAUUGCCGCGAAAACACUCUUUAGUGGAGAAAAAGCUCUCUGUGAUCACGUGUUUUCAGCAUCUCAGACGAUCAGGGAAUCAUGCUUCUCUGAGAUAACAAUAGGAGGACUAAAUCUUUUCAGAUUUCCUGAGCUUGUAGCUAAGUGCAAGAAAUUGCCAGAGAGGAUUUUCCCACUAUUGGAUCUCUACGAAGCACUCUCUGAUAUCCGGCCAGAUGUAGAAUUGAUAUUUGACUCUGAAUCAACCUCAAAGAUUAAACAGCAGGCAGUUUCAUCACUACAUGGACUUGGCGAGUCAAUCCGUGCCAUUCUUUCCGAAUUUGAAUCAACAAUUCAAAAGGACUCGUCAAAAACUCUAAUCGUUGGUGGCGGGAUUCACCCACUGACCCAAAAGGUUACGAGUUACAUAUCUUCACUUGCAGAUUACAGCAGGAUUCUCUCGGACAUUGUUGCUGAUUCUUCACCACCAAGGAAUACAGCUUUCCCUGAAGCUUACUUUGAGAGUCCAAACUAUGAUGCCAGUUCAACACCAGCAGUCUCAGUUCACCUAGCUUGGCUCAUUUUAGUCCUUUUAUGCAAGCUUGAUAGAAAAGCAGAUCUUGGGUACAAAGAUAUGUCUUUGUCAUACCUAUUCCUAGCAAACAAUCUUCAGUUUGUCCUUGAUAAAGUUUGUACAACUCGCCUUUAUGUGCUUCUCGGUGAGGAUUGGGUGUUCAAGCAUGCCGAGAAGGUUAUACAAUAUGCUUCCACCUAUGAAACGAUGGCAUGGGGUAACGCCUUCUCAUCUUUACCAGAGAAAAAUUCUCCACUACUGUCUCCUGAAGCAGCAAAGGAAUGUUUUCAGAGGUUCAACGCAGCUUUUGAAGAAGCAUAUAAGAAACAAGCAUCAUGGGUUGUGCCGGAUAGGAGGUUGAGGGAUGAAUUGAAGGUGUCAAUUGCAAAAGAACUUAUACCAGCAUACAGAGAAUUUUAUGACACGCAUAAGGUGAUGUUGAGGAGGGUGAAGGAUUUUGAGGUGUUUGUAAGGUUCGGCCCUGACGAUCUUGGGAAUUACCUCUCGGAUUUGUUUCAUGGAACUGCCAUUUCAGGCAGUACCUCACCUCCUACACCGCGAUAAAGUCAAUCUCCGUGAAACGAUAGAACAAUAACUGUUAUAAGCUUACAGAACCUGUUACUUCCUUUGUAAUUAUGUUUCUUUUGUGUGAGUUCUUGCUGUAAAAUAGGCAGUCAGCCAGUGCCGCAGAAAAUCAAAUAUAAUUGCUUCGCAUCUCUA